AGCAACAGCAUCCAGACAAGUUUCCACAGGGAGUGUAUGAGUUCUCUUUUCCUCCAGGGCUCUUUCCAUCCCCCCAUUCCUUCCCCCUCCUCCUCAUUUCCCCCUCUACCCUUCAGCUCUUUCUUUCUGUCAAGCUGCACAUACUGUCUGCAUCGGAGGCAAAAGAGUGCAGGGAGUGAAAGAGAGAGAGAGUGAGUGAGAGAAGGGAAAGUAGGAAAGAGAGGAUAAUGAUGGCGUCUCUCCGCUUUUGUCUGCGACUGCUAGCAAUCACAACUUUGAUGGCCACACUGGAGUUCACAGGUACCUCAGGUGAAGGAGGUCUGAAAAAAAUCCUGAAGAAAAGAGAAGGUGAUUCAGUUCUGUCCCCAAGCAUGGUGGUGGGCGGUGAGGCGCCCUCCUCCAGCGUGGUGGUGUCCUCCUCCAAAGCCAUGCAGUUCUUGGUCUCCCUCAAGAGGCCCAAGAGGAACCUGUGGGACCGCAGCCGGCCCGAUGUGCAGCAGUGGAUCCAGCAGUUCAUGCAGAUGGGCUAUGACGAAGCGAGGCUGGAGGCUGAUCUCGCCUACUGGAAGGACCAAGCGCAGGCCAAUGACCAGGGUCGGCAGCACCACUAUGACGAGAACGCCGCGCUGGGUCCACGCCAUGCCACCGGGUACAGACACGGGGCCAACGUCAAUUACGACUACUACUAACCUGUCGGACCUGGAACACACACACACACACACAGUGGCCCCUUCUUCACUGUGACUCACCCUUUGCUCUCCUGACAUGGGAAGAUUAACUUACAUCCCAAUGUCAGAUGUAAGAGACAGCAGGCAAACACCAGUGUAUCACUUUGCCUUUAUCCUUUGUACUCCCUUUCUCUCUCUCCUCCAGGUACACAUUGUUAGUCAUUUCUGUGGAAAAACUCUGCAGUUUUAGUCAUCUGUUCAUUUAGGCAUCACAAGUACAUCAUUUUUUAACAGGUUUGAAUAAAGUAAAGUGCUUUGGGAGGACUUUUGCAA